AUGAUUUUUGUAUUGAAAGAUAUAAAGAAUUAUGUUAGCCAACCUGUAAAAAGAGUUGGUAUCCCAAAAGCAAAUGGUAAAAUCCGUUACUUAGGGAUUCCAUCUAUUAAAGAUAGAUGUUUUCAAGCAUUAUUUGCUCUAGCUUUAGCUCCAGUAGCAGAAGUGAAAGGUGAAUUACAUUCAUAUGCAUUCCGUCCUGGCAGAUCUCAAAGAGAUGCCGUAUCUAUGGUAUAUUUCUACCUCUACAUCAAUAAGAAUCUUAAAGAAACUUUGAUUCCUCGUUAUGUUAUUGAUGCAGAUAUUAAAGGAUUCUUCGACAAUAUCGAUCAUAAAUGA